AUGGCUGCUGGGCCCCGCGCGCCGCCGGCCCCGCGUGCGCCUCCGCUCCGAGCGCACGGCCCCGGGCAGGCAGCGGGCAGCCUAUCCCGGGCUCGGCGGCCCCGGCUCUCCGGCCCUCUCCGCGAGCCCGCGCUCCUUCCGCUGUCCCCGGGCCCCUCCCUGGCUGCACCGUAAUCGCCCCCUCCAGGCCCCCCUGCGCCUCCCCCCAACCACUGGCGCCUGGCUUCCCCCGGGCACCUGGGACCAGCACAUGCCCAGCGCACGCGGCGCGCCGCCCUGCUAGAAGUUGCAGCCUCCGAGUUGGAGGCCGCUGAGGACCGAGCGCAGGAGGAAGGAGACAGCGCGCAGCGGCGGCCGGCGAGGAGACAGCACACCCCGGGCCGGGCCCAGCGCACCGCUCCCGGCCCCAAAAGCGGAGCUGCAACUUGGCCACGACUGCACCUGUUUGCACCGCUCCGCCGAGGGCGCCUGGGCUGCGGUGGCGGCGAAGACGGCGACCCCGACCGUCGGCCUCUUUGGCAAGUGGUUUGUGCAUCAGGAGAAACUUUCCACCUACGAGCCGAACCGGCGCCGAGUGCGUGUGUUUCUGCCUCUUUUUGUUGUCGUUGCCUCCACCCCUCCCCAUUCUUCUCUCCGCUAGGACCCCCCCGCCCCCGUCUCACUCCGUCUGAAUUCCUCUCCGUCUCCCUCCCACCCCGGCCGUCUAUGCUCCAGGCCCUCUCCUCGCGGUGCCGGUGAACCCGCCAGCCGCCCCGAUGUACAGCAUGAUGAUGGAGACCGACCUGCACUCGCCCGGCGGCGCCCAGGCCCCCACGAACCUCUCGGGCCCCGCCGGGGCGGGCGGCGGCGGGGGCGGAGGCGGGGGCGGCGGCGGGGGCGCCAAGGCCAACCAGGACCGGGUCAAGCGGCCCAUGAACGCCUUCAUGGUGUGGUCCCGCGGGCAGCGGCGCAAGAUGGCCCAAGAGAACCCCAAGAUGCACAACUCCGAGAUCAGCAAGCGCCUGGGGGCCGAAUGGAAGGUCAUGUCCGAGGCCGAGAAGCGGCCGUUCAUCGACGAGGCCAAGCGGCUGCGCGCGCUGCACAUGAAGGAGCACCCGGAUUACAAGUACCGGCCGCGCCGCAAGACCAAGACGCUGCUCAAGAAGGACAAGUACUCGCUGGCCGGCGGGCUCCUGGCGGCCGGCGCGGGUGGCGGCGGCGCGGCUGUGGCCAUGGGCGUGGGCGUGGGCGUGGGCGCGGCGGCCGUGGGCCAGCGCCUGGAGAGCCCAGGCGGCGCGGCGGGCGGCGGCUACGCGCACGUCAACGGCUGGGCCAACGGCGCCUACCCCGGCUCGGUGGCGGCGGCGGCGGCGGCCGCGGCCAUGAUGCAGGAGGCGCAGCUGGCCUACGGGCAGCACCCGGGCGCGGGCGGCGCGCACCCGCACGCGCACCCCGCGCACCCGCACCCGCACCACCCGCACGCGCACCCGCACAACCCGCAGCCCAUGCACCGCUACGACAUGGGCGCGCUGCAGUACAGUCCCAUCUCCAACUCGCAGGGCUACAUGAGCGCGUCGCCCUCGGGCUACGGCGGCCUCCCCUACGGCGCCGCGGCCGCUGCCGCCGCCGCUGCGGGCGGCGCGCACCAGAACUCGGCCGUGGCGGCGGCGGCGGCGGCGGCGGCCGCGUCGUCUGGCGCCCUGGGCGCGCUGGGCUCUCUGGUGAAGUCGGAGCCGAGCGGCAGCCCGCCCGCCCCAGCGCACUCGCGGGCGCCGUGCCCCGGGGACCUGCGCGAGAUGAUCAGCAUGUACUUGCCCGCCGGCGAGGGGGGCGACCCGGCGGCGGCAGCAGCGGCCGCGGCGCAGAGCCGGCUGCACUCGCUGCCGCAGCACUACCAGGGCGCGGGCGCGGGCGUGAACGGCACGGUGCCCCUGACGCACAUCUAGCGCCUUCGGGACGCCGGGGACUCUGCGGCGGCGACCCAGGAGCUCGCGGCCCGCGCCCGGCUCCCACCCCGCCCCGGCACGGCCUGGCUUUUGUACAGACGUUCCCACAUUCUUGUCAAAAGGAAAAUACUGGAGACGAACGCCGGGUGACGCGUGUCCCCCACUCACCUUCCCCGGAGACCCUGGCGACCGCCGGGCGCUGACACCAGACUUGGGUUUUAGACUGAACUUCGGUGUUUUCUUGAGACUUUUUGUACAGUAUUUAUCACCUACGGAGGAGGCGGAAAGCGUUUUCUUUGCUCGAGGGGACAAAAAAGUCAAAACGAGGCGAGAGGCGAAGCCCACUUUUGUAUACCGGCCGGCGCGCUCACUUUCCCCCGCGUUGCUUCCGGACGGCGCCGACCGCCGGAGCCCAAGUGACGCGGAGCUCGUCGCAUUCGUUAUAAAUGUAGUAAGGCAGGUCCAAGCACUUACAAGUUUUUUGUAGUUGUUACCGCUCUUUUGGGUUGGUUUGUUAAUUUAUACAGAGAUUACCACCACCACCCCCUCCUUCAGACGGCGGAGUUAUAUUCUGGGUUUUGUAAAACUUUCUGUAUCUGAGCAUUUCCAUUUUUUUUUUGGUUUUGUAUUAUUUCUUGUAAAUGCAUUGUGAAAAAUUUUAUUUUCGGCGUUGCAAUGCGGGGAGGAGAAGUCAGAUUAUGUACAUAGUUUCCUAAAAAGCCUUUCUUCUAAAAACGAAAAAAGACCCCCCACCCAAAAUGUUUCGAGUCAACAAAUUUAAGAGACAGAGCCCAUUUUCUCCAUAAAUUUGUAACAUGCUAUUUUUAUGUGCAUGUUUUAUGAGUUCAAAAUGCAAUGAGGAAAUCUGACAGGGAAAUUAUCUGUAUGAACUAAAAGUAAGGGAACCCCGGGGAAUGGGAGGACAGGAUUUUCAAGGAACCUUUUUCAAUGAAAGAGAAGGAAGUUAAAACCUAUAGGUUAUUUUGUAGAGCUGAGUGUUAAUACGGGCCGAGAAAUAAAAGUAUCUUCUGCUCCGGCUGUUUCACUGCGGACGGCUGGGGCUGCUGCGCGUUACCUUGCUGCAAGCGGGGCGCCUUCCACCUGGCUGGGGGUCUGCGCCACAGUUUGGUCCAGAGGAGGGAGGAGGAAGGGAAGACCCCAGUGGUGGGACCCUGGACCAGGCCAUGGAUGAAGGACAAAGACCAGGGCAGGUCACGGGUUUCCCAAUUCCCCAGCAAUUAAGAUUUCGAGCAGAAUUUAUCUAAAUGUGUUUCAAGGAAACACAAUCGCUGAACCAAAACGUACUGCAGCCGAGCCCCCUCCGUCCAUCCUCUGCCCCUCCCCCUGGCUUCUUUCUCUUGGGAAAACGGGCAAAAUAAUUGUGCUGGAUUCUCACACACACAGAAAUAUCGACCAUCACCCUCCCCCGCGUGAACUGGGAUGCAAGUUGCUAACCGAUGUGAACGCAAAAUGCCUUGUUCAUUAUUCCUGACGAGAUCUUGAGGUUGUUUGAUGCUUUAAAUUUUUUAAUUAUAUUAUUUUCUAGGUGUUUAUUGGUACAUUGCAGUUUUUUUUGAAAUUUAAAAUUUUCUGUAAAACUUUGUCUUCAAGUAAUCUGACAGCAUUAAAUAUUGCAUUUAAAAAUUAUACUGUAGCAAAUACAUUUAAAAAUUAAUCACAACGUUAAGAUGAAAUUAUAUUUUUUGAAAAAAAAAAACACUUGAAGCCCAGAUGGAAAUACGUUGAUUUCAGCAGCCUUAGGUUUCCCUUCGCUUUCUCAACACCCUUCCUUGUCCUGGAGUAUGGACUGUCCGUCCAAAAGUGAGCCUAUGCUAUAAGUUUAAUGAGAACCGAAUUCAGCCUGCAUUCGAGAAUAGCUUUAAGUAUAAUGCUGAUCUGACAAUUGACGUGUAAUUUUGGGAAGUCAUUUUGAUAAUUUUGCUUAAACCACUCAUUCGUUAAAGUGAUUACAAAAAAGUUCAUGAAUGAUGUCCACUGCUUUCUAACAAGAUAAUAAAACCCCCCUCUUUUCUUUUUCUUCA